AAGGUCUGUCGAAGAAAAAAAGUCUGUAAAGUAAAACGGCACCCCACACUUGCUGGCCCGUUCGAAAGAUGAUUCCUUCUGAUUGGCUGUCGGUGACGGCCAUGUGCCAUUCUAAGCCAAUGGCAAGAACCCUGCCUGGAUAUAUAAGGUAGCUGUAGGAGGCGGGAUUGUUUUGAUUAUUUCUGCAACUCUACAACCUUCGAAAUCAUCCCAUGGUAAUAAAGGAUCUUUGAAAUGUUGAAAGAACUUCCUAGAAGCAUGCAUGUCGCAUGCGACUCUGUCUAUGAAGCAGCUGUGGCCAUCUACUCCAGCUUUUAAGUGCCUCUUUAUGAUCAUUAUUGACACAGGGCUUUCUGGAGCGCUUCCCAAGAGUCCACUUGGGAUUUUCUUCAUUAAUCUCCAAGACAACAUUAAGUCCAAGGCCAGACGUGUGCAGACGUCCAAGUUCCUCAAGAUACAAUGGCUGCAUCUACAAAUGAAAGAGGCCAUCAAAGGCCCCGUUUCUUUGACUGGCUGGUUAAUGAGAUUGACAGUGGAAAGUAUGAAGGCUUAUACUGGUUGGAUGAGAGCCACACGACCUUUCGUAUCACUUGGAAACACCAUGCGAGGAAGAGCCUAGUGGCUGACGAUUACAAGAUUUUUGAGGCGUAUGCUAUCUUCAGUGGAAAGCACACUGGAACAUCAUCCAAAUGGAAAACCAACUUCCGCUGUGCCUUGGAGAGUACAAAGAGGUUUACACUGGUAGCGGAGUAUAAAGACCCCGAUCCCUAUCGUGUGUACAGAAUUCUCCCUCUCAACACCUGCACUGCAUCAACUACUAAUUCUUCUUCUGAUAAAAGAAGCCCUGAUGAUGCUUCUAGCAUCAUGUGUGGUUCGACUCUUUUAAAGGCUUUAAAAUCAAUCACUGACAAGAACAUUGCUCUAAAUUAUCUUUGCAAAGGCACCUGUGUCUUGGGAGCAUUUGAUAUGCUGCAAAAAAAUAUGGAUUCCUACUCAUAUGGAAUAUGGGCUGCAAACUCUGCCCCUUUUCAAGGCAACGGGAAUGAUUGUGAAGAUGAUCAAGUACAUAUAAGUCCUUACAGUGAUGGACUCCCAGCUCUGAGUCAACCCAUACAUCAAGUACAGGAGGAGAUAGAUGUUGUUUUGGGAACUCUGUCACUGGAAAAUCCAGUCCCAGGGCCAAGUGGGAACCCAGCAGAAAACUUUGGCCAGUCUGAAGAUAUAAUAGAAUGGCUCAUGCAGCAAACCAGGCUGAACUUGAAUCAGCAGGUCUCAUGGGCUCCUCCCCUGGCUGGAGACUCUGAUAAUCUCUUAGGAGAGGCUUCUGCAUGUGAACAAGGUCCUGCUUAUACUGCCCCUCAUUUUGACCAAAAUGGCUGCCUGCUAAUAGGGAAUGGAGUCAUGAAUGAACCUGUUCAGAAUAGCUAUUAUGAAGUACCAUCAGUGGGGCCAGCUCAGACCAUACCUAAUUUGAAUUCCCAGCCAGCUGCCACUCAUCUAGUCCACUGCACACAGCAAAAUGCACCUGUAGCAAAUCAGCUUAAUAAUGUUGGAGAAACUCCAUACAACUAUUGCUUCAUUGGCAGUAUCUACACAAAUGAAGAACCUCAGGGCCCUGGAAUGAUGAACAACUCAGCAAGAAAUGAUUAUCAGCAGCCAGCAAACCAGCAAGCUGUGUGUAUGCCUCCUGUUGUUCCCAUCCCAGAAGAGCAGUUCAUUCCCAACACUACCCCAUUGCAGAACAAUGGAACAAUCCCCCUUCACCUGGAUGUCUCCAUCUAUUACCGAGGAGCACUGCAGCAUGAAGCAGAGGUCAAAGUGAGCAGCUGCAUAUUGACCUACAACCACCACACUGAUAGUGCUCCAAAUGGCACACAGAUAAUACAGUUUCCAAGCCCGGAGACCCUGCCUGAUCAGAAGCAAGUGAAGCACACCUUGACUGUGCUGCAAAGUGCACAUCUGCUGCUGUAUCAGAGAAAUAAGCAGAUCUGUGCCAAACGAAUGGGUAAAUGUAAGGUCUUCUUGGCCUUCUCCAAGCAGCUGGAUAGCAUGGCUCAUCACCCGCAGUUUAGAUUAUUGCCUCGGAAUGAAGACACUGAGAUCUUCAGUUAUGAAAAAUUUGACCAAGAACUGAGGGAUUUCCAUGAAGGUCGAAGACAGUCCUCUCCUGACUACACCAUCUACCUGUGCUUUGGACAGCACUUCUCAGCUGCCAAGCCCAAGGAGAAAAAACUAAUCUUGGUGAAGUUGGUACCAAAGCUCUGCAAACAUUAUCAUGAACAUGUGCUGAGGGAAGGAGUUUCGUCCUUGAACAGUGAAAGCCUAGAACUCUCCCACAGCCUCCCUGAGAUGAUGGAAUAUCUGUCCUCCCUGUAUUGAACUGGCAGAGCAAGCCAACGGAAUCCUCUGUUCCUUGUUUAGAACUUCAGUAGUAAGAUUCUACAUACGUGGGGGAGAAGAGAAGGUGCUUUUCAUGUUUCACUGUGUUAUUGUUUAUACUGUGUAUUACGACUUCUCUGGAGUUGAAUUUCUCUUGCUCUGUGCAUUGUGGGGGAAGCACAUGAACAUACAUCCCCCUGUGUGGAGUUCUCCCUUGUAACUGAUUAAGAAUAUGUAUCCCAUUAAUGUAACAUGUUGUGACUUUCCACACUUGUCAGUGGCAGCCAGCAUGGAGGCAGGAGAACUCUCCAGAGGGUCCUCUCAUGGAACAAGUGUUUCUACGCCUUUACGGAGGAGACCUUAGCAAUGUAAUUGCCAUAUUUGGCAGCAUCCUCAUAAUGCACAUACUAUAUAGGUGAACUCAACCUAAAAUGCAAUUGCUUAUCCAGAUAUUUGGGAUGUUGCUAUGGCUGUUGGAGGCUCUCUUCCUCCUGAUACCUUAAAGAACUCGGAUCAGAUCUUUUGGAGAAGGGGCAGGGUUUUGAUCAGAACUGUGUACUCUGCAGUGAAAAACAAAUUCAUCUGGCACAUGAGCUAUCAAAAUUGUGCUCCAAGAAAAUUAUGUGACCUGUAUAAAUUAUGCAAAAUGAUCAAAGUAGUAUAACUUCUCAUAUUUGCAUAAUUGUAUAUAUUUUUUCCUAUUCUGCAUAACUGGUUCAGAGCUUGUUAAUCAUGGUUGCAGGAAAUAUGCGGGAGUCCUGCUCCCUAGCGACUAUAAAUCCUAUUCUGCCACCUUA